GUGGAGUAUAAAAAUUACAAAUGAGCUGUCGGAAUCUUGAGUUCCGACCAGUAGCUUUUAUUAAAAAGCAUAUGUAUGUAACUCCGACAGAAGUAUUUCCCCGAAACCCUAUAAAUUUCCACCUAAAUUUGCCAUCCAAACGCCAAAGUCCCUUAGUUUUAGAAAUCACUUCGGGUGUGUAGCUGUUUCACUCCGGCGAGAUCAAGGGUGGUGCCGGCUUGCCAGUGAGGUGCAGCGUCGAGUGCUACAAGUUCAGGAUCACCCGACACCAACACCGCCUCCUCUCCACCACAAAGAAACAGUCACCGUCACUCAGUUUUGCUGGGGGAGGUGCAUGUCACCACACUCAUAGCCUCUCUGGGAUGCUGACGGCAAUGGUCGAAUUGCGUUUGGAGACAAAGGUGUCUCUGAUAAGCUGCAAAUGCCACUAGAAACUUCACACCAAGAAACUUUGACUUGGGACCAAUCAAGGUCGCUCGGACGACGUUGGCAUGGCCGGAGAAACCAGCCGUAGUGGUGGAGACGGCCACUAUGAAAACGUGGAACGAAGGAAAAUUAAUGAUCCUUCAUCUCCCUAUUUUCUCUCAAGCUCGGAUCACCCCGGCAUGGUGAUAUGCGCUGUUGUUCUCAAAGGGGAGAAUAACUAUCGUGAAUGGAGUACGGCCAUGAAAAACGCAUUUCGUGCUAAAAGGAAGAUAGGGUUUCUUGACGGAUCCAUUGAACGACCUCUAAAUGCACCGAGGGAUCUUGAAGAUUGGUUAACCGUCAAUUCCAUGGCGGUGGGAUGGAUUAUGACUUCUGUGGAUUCGAGUUUGAGAACCAAUCUCGCUUACAUGGAAAGCGUGCACGAUCUCUGGACAGAUUUGGAGACACGCCUUUCGGUUGGUGAUGCUAUGAGAACUCAUGAGUUAAAAGAACUCAUUCGAAAUUGCAGGCAUCAUGGUCAAACGAUUACGUCUUAUUUCGGGCAACUGAGAGCGUUGUGGGAAGAAUAUGAUGGCGUACGAAACUUUCCCCAGUGCAAGUGCAAUGGAUGCACGUGUGAUCUCAAGAAACUUUUUCUUAAACAUGUGGAGUCGGAGAAAAUACAUGACUUUCUAAUGGGUCUUGACCGAGAGACGUAUGGAACUUUGAGGUCCAACAUAUUGGGCACUGAUGACUUGCCUUCGCUGACUAAAGUAUAUCACUUGGUGGUGCAAGAAGAACGGCACCAAAAUUUGACACGAGGAAACGAGGACAAACCUGAGGCAGUCGUGUUUGCGGCGCGUUCCGGACCUGCAGCCGGUAGGGAAGACCGGGUGAAGUGCACCUUCUGCCACAAGACGGGUCAUGAAAUUGAGAACUGCUUCCGACGGACCGGAGUUUACCCAGACUGGUGGCACGACAAACUGGGACAAUCAGGAACUGGAACGAGCCGUGGAGGAAGAGGACGGACUGGACCAAGCCGUGGAGGACCUGGACGCGGAAAUUCUGGACAGAGUGCGGGACGUGGUGGCGUGCAAGCCAUGCACGUGGGAGAGUAUCAGCCCGAGAGUCAGAUAAUGCAGGGAGGAAAAGAGAUAACUCUGCAUAAACCUGGCUUCACCGACGAACAGUGGCAAACGUUUAUCAAGCUGAUGGAGAACUGUAAGGCCACAAAUUCGGAAGAAAAACUCUCAGGUACACAGAUUCCUAACGAAUGGAUACUCGACUCGGGUGCCUCGUAUCACAUGACCGGGAAUAACAACAUACUGACAAAGAUAAUACGAAUAACGCCGGUGGCGGUGACGAUGGCCAAUGGUGAUAUUACCAAAGCAACCGGGGUCUAUUAUUUCCGGGGUCUGGAACGAGCACAGGCAUUUGCUGUAGAAGGUCCGAAUUUGGGAAUUUUGUGGCAUGCAAGGUUGGGACACCCAUCAAUAAAAGUUAUGCAUUCGCUUGGUUAUUUGAGUAAACCUUUAUUAAAUUAUGUUUAAAUUAUGUUCAGAAUAAAACGUGUGAUGCCUGCAUGAGAGGCAAACAAACGCGUGAUGGUUUUGUUACUAGUAGUGCUAGAGCUGUUGAACUUUUUGAAUUGAUACAUUGUGAUAUUUGGGGUCCAUACCGUGUUGUGUCUUCGUGUGGAGCACGUUAUUUCUUGACCGUGGUAGAUGAUUUUUCUAGGGCUGUGUGGGUGCACCUGAUGAAAGAAAAAAGUGAAGUAAAAAUUAUUCUCAAACAAUUUUUUGCCAUGGUUGAUAGACAAUUUAACAAAAAUGUAAAGGUGGUACGAAGUGACAAUGGCAAAGAAUUUGUAGGACUCCAAGAAUAUUUUCGGAACAGUGGGAUAAUUUUUCAAACAUCUUGUGUUUACACCCCUCAACAGAAUGGAAGAGUGGAACGGAAACAUAGACACAUUUUAGAAAUGGCCAGGACCUUGCGUUUCCAUGCGAAUUUACCUAUCAAUUUUUGGGGGGAAUGUGUUCUUGCUGCAGGAUAUUUAAUAAACCGGUUACCUACGCCCGUGAUAGGUAAUAAAAGUCCCUAUGAGUUGCUAUAUAACAAAUUGCCAUUAUAUAGUCAACUACGUGUUUUUGGUUGCCUAUGCUAUGCCCAUGCAUCGAAAACCGGAGGUGAUAAAUUUGCACCUAGAGGCGUGAAGUGUGUGUUCUUGGGUAAUGCAUAUUCUCAAAAGGGUUGGAAAGUUUAUGAUCUACAAAACAAACGUCACUUCAUCUCUCGUGAUAUCAAAUUUAUUGAACACGAAUUCCCUUUUCGGGUUGAGUGGUAUGCUCCAGAAAGUAAGGAAGAUGGUGGAGUUAAUCUGCCUGCAUGGGAAUCUCACGUGCAUGGAGAUAACGAAGUUGACACGGAUCAAAUAUGUGAAGCAACUGAUGCAUGUGACAGUGCAGCUCGAACGGGCAGUGAGGAAACUGAUGGGACCUCACAACACGCGGCGAAUUCACAAGCAUCCUUGACCGGUAGUUCUGAUGCGAUGGCUGAGAAUAAUCCGGAUAAUCAUGCCCAUGUGACCACUCCUGGACAGAACCGAAGAAGUGAUCGUCCACGAAAAACUCCUGCAUGGCAUAACGAUUAUGAGGUACAAAUGCACACGGUUACAAUAAACUCUCACCCCGUCGCUACGCCUACCCUCACGCCCGAAUCAGGUACUCCUUAUUCACUAACUCAUUAUAUAAAAUAUAAUCAUUUUUCGGUUCCGCACCGAGCUUUCCUUGCAGCUAUAAGCAUGACCAAGGAACCCAACAGCUUUGGAGAGGCAGUACGAGACCCACGCUGGAGGGAAGCUAUGACCCGUGAAAUUCAAGCACUUGAACGCACCAGGACUUGGGAGAUCCGUGAUUUGUCACCCGGAAAAAGGGCUAUUUAUUGUAAAUGGGUGUACAAAAUCAAAUACAAAAGUGACGGGUCGGUGGAACGUUAUAAAGCUCGUCUUGUUGUCUGUGGGAACCGACAGGUACAGGGUAUUGAUUAUAAUGAGACUUUUGCUCCAGUAGCUAAAAUGGUGACGGUGCGUACCAUAUUAGCGGUUGCGGCCUCUUGUCAUUGGGAGCUACAUCAGAUGGAUGUAGAUAAUGCCUUUCUUCAUGGUGAUCUACACGAGGAAGUGUACAUGCACCUUCCACCAGGAUACUCUGCAUCGUCCCCUGGAAAGGUGUGUCGCUUGCUCCGAUCUCUUUAUGGGCUGCGUCAGGCACCCCGAUGCUGGUUCUCUAAACUGAGUACCUCCUUGCGGGGGUAUGGCUUUACACAGUCGCAUGCAGACUACUCUUUGUUCACCUUGCGCAGAGAUCGACGAAUCAUGUGUGUGCUCAUAUAUGUCGAUGACUUGCUAAUUACUGGGAAUGAUCGUGACAUGAUAAAACAGUUUAAAACAUAUCUGGCCGAAACAUUUCCUGUCAAGGACUUGGGUGUCAUGAAAUAUUUUCUUGGCAUUGAAGUCGCGAGAAAUCCCACAGGCAUUUACCUCUGUCAACGAAAGUAUGUACUUGAUAUUUUGACCGAGACUGGGAUGACAAGUUGCAAGCCAGUCACCUUUCCUAUGGUACAAAACCAUCGCUUACAGUCUGAUUCUGGUCCUCACUUUUCCGAUCCUGAACGCUAUCGCAGGCUGGUUGGAAAACUUAUUUAUCUGACUUUGACCCGACCUGACAUUUGCUAUUCAGUGCAUAUUCUCUCACAAUUUAUGCAACACCCCAGGCUGGCUCAUUGGGAGGCUGUGCUUCGGGUUCUCCGAUACCUCAAGGGCAGUCCGGGACAGGGUAUAUUACUACGCUCCGAUUCGUCUCUCUCUCUGACUGGUCAUUGCGAUGCUGACUGGGCAAGUUGUCCAGUUACUCGUCGCUCGGUCACUGGAUAUUUUGUAUCUCUCGGAUUCUCUCCGAUUUCAUGGCGUACCAAAAAGCAAGCCACUGUCUCCCGAUCCUCUGCAGAAGCCGAGUAUCGAUCCAUGGCAUCCUUGACUUGUGAACUUAUUUGGCUCCGAAACCUCCUUCGCUCGUUGGGUGUGACACACGCCGGUCCGGUCCAUCUCUACUGUGACAAUCAAGCCGCACUGCACAUUGCCUCAAAUCCGGUAUUUCAUGAGCGUACCAAACACAUCGAGCUUGAUUGUCAUUUUAUACGUGAUCACAUUCAAGCUGGGACCAUUGCCCCGGCCUACACACCUACCACCGAGCAACCUGCAGACUUACUCACUAAAGCACUUGGCGCUCAACAAUUCUCUUAUUUACUCCACAAGAUGGGCAUUUUCGAUCCCCAUGCUCCAUCUUGAGGGGGGUGUUAGCAAUCUAUUAUUAUGUUGUGUACAUAAGUUUCUUUUAUGUAACGUUUUAGUCUUUGUAUUAGACUAGGAAAGUACUUAGUCUUUGUAUUAGACUAGGAAAGUAGAUAGCAUUUAAUUUUUCUUGAUUUUCUUUCCAAAAGCCACGCAUGGCUGGUACGUUUGGCCUGUAUAUAUGUUAACGCAUGUGCGUUUUGUGAGACAAGGAAAUACAGAAUAAUUUCCCAAAUAUUCAUAUCUUAUUCUUACCUUUUAUCAUUAUAAUAAAGCUCGGUAAAAUAACAAGCCAAGGGACACACAUAUACACUUAGCCCCAUAAAUAAUUAGAUACGUAUAGUACUCACUUUUGGUGUGAAGUUUGUAGUGACAUUUGCAGCUGAACAGAGAUACUUUUGUUCCCAAACGCAAUUAGGCCAUUGCCGUCAGCUGCAAAACACAAAGAAAAGGAAUACCGAACCAACCCUACCCCGGCCUGCAGAUGAUAACUGAUUGGGUACAUCCAAAGCGUCGUGCCCCAGCCCAAUCAGCCCGUUAACUGCUGCCAUGCUCAAAAUAUAUAACUCCCCUUUCUACUUCUCCACACAUAUAUAUAGUUUUUUGAUCAAGUAUAUAUGUAUAAACGAUGUAAUUAAUUUAAAACUAUAUAUUGGUUAGCUAGCCAAUCAGCCGUGUAAUUAGUUACCUGUCUGUGUUACUCCCUCCACCCCGCAAAAUUAUUCUCACCGUCUUUUUGGGCCAUCUCAAAAAAUUGUUCCCAAAUUUUUAAAAAAGUUUUGUGUGACUAACAUUCAUGAAAAAAAACUGUACUAGUAUAAGACUAAGACAAACAAAGUGCACAUAAGGACCAUCAUUCUUUUUUUUUUGUUUCUAAAAUUGAACUAUUCACUCUUAAUAGGGCAUGUUUUGUACUUUUAAUAGGAUCAAAUAAGUCAUUUUUUGAGAAUAAAAUACAUGUAGUCCUCUUUGUGCAUGUUGGCUGAGUUUUGGUCCUAUUUAGAGAAAUUUCUAAACAUUCAUAUACCUUUUUCUUAUUCAACCACAAUCAUACGUUUCCAUUUUAUUUUCACUUUCUUAUAAUCUGGUCCAAGUAAAACCGGAAACUAUUUUCGGGCCGGAGAAAAUAUUAUUUUGUUUUUUUAAUUGGUAGGUAAUAGUCAAAGCUGUGUACGUGUACACAAAAACUUAACAGUACCUGAAUAUGACGAGCGCAUGAACAAGCCAAGUUUCAUUAUCAUAAGUUUCAAGGUACACAAUAUCCUUCACCAGGAUUCCCUUGGAUGAGGUAUUGGGAGCCAUGUAAUUAAUCUCAUAAGGGCAUGGUGUGGGGUCCAUGGUCGAGCAUUCCAUCUCAUCGUUAGCCGGCCCCGCACAAUCAGGGCUGUUGCAAAAUACAACCUCACUCGUAGAUGAAGAGCGCGGGUUGUAAAUGUUCAGAUUCUUUUCCUAUUUCUAUAUAUACACACACACAUAUAUCAAUAUAUGCAUGGUAGGUUUCAAAUGGAAAUGGGUGAAAAAUAAGAACAAUAUUAUUACAAGUACAAAUUUUACACAAGGCUUAAAAUAAAUAAAUAGGAGUAAAUAUAAGAAAUACUAGUAUUUCUUAUAUUUAUAUAGUACUAUAUAAAUAAAAUAAAAUGUAUUUCUAUUGCAUGUAAUUGUACGCGCGCGCAUACGUAGUACUACUAUACGUGUAUUAUAUUUCCACUUUUCUCGAAUGUUUAGGUUUUCAGAAGAACACCUUUUCACUGAAGGGAUCUCUGCCCCUAGAUAUAUAUGGAGUGCUUUAUUUUUCACAUGAAAAAACUACAAUAAAAAUAUUUGAAUCAAACUCCACUGUAUUACUUACUUCUCCCGUAGAUGUUGUGAGGGUGCGUGCACAGUCGAGACAACCGCACGGCAACCAAAACACGACACUCCCCGUAUCCAGUGCUACCAAAUAUGACUUCGGAGGUGUCCCAAUAUGUAUUUCAGAAUAAUGGAGGCUAAAAUAUAUUUAAAUCAAUCCACCAACGUAACAAACAUAUGUUUCACCAUAAUCGUUUUCUUAUAAUUUAUGAACGAAUGUACUUACCAUCCCAGAGAAGCUAUGAGUGUGGUGACACCGCCCCCAGCAAAACUGAGUGACGGCGACCGUUUCUUUGUGGUGGAAAGGAGGCGGUGUUGGUCUCGGGCGAUCCAGAGUUUGUAAUACUCGGCGGUUCCCCUUUGUGGCAAGCCGGCACCACCCUUGAUCUCAUCGGAGUGGUACACAUUAUACGUAUGCUUCAUACAAUCAUACCCAUAACAUAUGAAAAUUGUAAUGAGUGGAUAAAAAGAACCAAAGUAAAUCCUAUUGAUAUCAUUAGUUUGGCCAUAUUCUCAAUUAGUGAGCUAGCGCUGGCCGGUGAUGUUCCCUGGAUAAUCGAUUUCAAUUCCUCAACUAUUUUAUGUUGUGAGCUAGGUAGCUGGUUGAGAGUAUAUAUAUAUAUAGGGAAGAGUUCAAAUGAAAAGUGGUCUUCCCGUGCAAAGUGAAAAGUUUUCACUUUUUCAUGUUUCGCUUAUACUUUUUGUUGUUUGCGUUGCACUUUUUGGCCAUUUUGAUUUUGGCCAAAUUCGGCCAAAAUGACGGUGGCAGUUUUGUAAAUAAACCAAUUUUUUUGAGCUAUCGCGAAAAAGUGCAACGAAAACAUGAAAAAGUGCAAGCGAAACAUGAAAAAGUGUAAACUUUUCACUUUGCACGUUAAGACCUCUUUUUAUUUGAACCAUCCCCUAUAUAUAUAUAUAUAUAUAUAUAUAUAUAUAUAUAUAUAUAUAUAUAUAUAUGUAUGUAUGUAUGUAUAUAUAUAUUUAGAUAAGAGAUCAAAUACAAACCAUGCUUAAAAUACUAACCUACAAACUCCAUAAUAUGCAUCGCUUUGAACUUCAAUAUGCAGUAAAAAUAAUGUAAAGAUACAGGGGUGAGAUCACAUACAAACUAGUCAUCUCAUUCAAAUCAUUUUUGCAUUAUUUGUAUUGCACAUUGAAGUUCAAAGUGUUUCAUAUUAUUCAUGUCAUAAAAUAGCAAUUUCAUGUUUACAUUAUUUAUAUUGCAUAUUGAAAUUCAAAGAGUGCAUCUUUACAUUAUUUGUACUGCAUAUUAAAGUUCAAAGUGUUGCAUAUUAUUGAGUUUGUAGGUUAGUAAGUUAAACAUGGUUUGUAUGUGAUCUCACCUAUAUAUAUAUAUAUAUAUAUAUAUAUAUAUAUAUAUAUAUAUAUAUAUAGGGGCAAGAUCCCAUACAAACCAAGCUUCCAGUGCAAACUACAAACUAACGACAUCCGUUAGAUUGGCUAAAACGGACCGCUGAUACGUAUGGGCUGCAUUGUUUAAACUGUGCACUGAGAUGCAGGGGAUGAAACAAAUUCCACGGUUUGAAAUGUUUACGCAUUUAAAAAGGUCACAAAGGUAAUUUUAGAUUUCCAAAACAAAACCGCCGAAAUCAAAAUUGGGAUUAACUUUAGAAAUCCCUAACUUUACGGUUAAUAUCCACUAAGAAGGUAACUGGCCACGAAUACCAACGUGAAUAAAGGUAAGUUGCAGAACAUACAAACAGAGGAAGCAUCUCGGUCGAAGACUGGAGCAAGUUGUUCGAAGCCUGGAGAAAGGUUUUCGAAGAUUUUUAAGUGACGUUGAGUGCAGUGAAGGCUUGGUGUUUGAUGAAGGAAGAGACGCUCCUGUGAUGAAUAUGCAGCAUGAUGAGCGCAGAGAAAUGAAUUGAAAGGCAAAGGCAGGAAAACAAAUUCAAGUUUAAUUUGUUAUGAACUUUAAUAUCAUAGAUUCCAUACAGGUGUUGAGAUCUUUACAAAAGAUAUUUUGUCAUGUAUAAUAUGACAUUGACAAUUGUAAUAUGCAAUACAAAACAUAUAAAAAUG